AUCGUGUGCAGAUAAUCGUACUUGAUGAAACCGCGCAAGAAGUUAAGGUGAGGAAUUAGGAGACAAUCUGACUUUGACAUGGGAUCGAAAAUGGCAUCAUCAUCGUCACCUCCAUUUCUGAGACCGCCGCCUCAAACCUCUCUCUACCUACGCACAGCUAAAAUUCGCGCCUUGAUGGUCACCAAAACCGGCACCACCAAAGCUCGUCCUCCGUCGAACCACACUCAUGUCCAUCUUCCUCUUCGCAGCCCCAAAAAGCUUCGCACCCGCCCUCUCGAACUCCAAACUCCAACCCCACAAACGAAUCCUUCCACAAUUGACUCUCAUCCCGCCUCCGAAGGUCGUAAGAUUCCGACCGAGAAGAAGAAUAACAGCGCCUUGAGUGCGACCACGGACGUUUUGCGCUUAUUGGAUGGCCUCGGCGUGACUGUUUCACCCGAUAUUUACAUUUCGUUGAUCAAAGAGUGCACGGCAAAUGGUGACUCUGCCGGAGCACUUGAGCUUCAUAAACACGUCAGGCGUAGCGGGUUGAGACCGAAUUUGCAUUUGCUUAACCGGGUCUUGCUAAUGUACGUGUCCUGUGGUUGCUUGGUUAGUGCCCGCAAAGUGUUUGAGGGAAUGCUCCAGAGGGACUUCAGUUCUUGGGCUAUCUUGAUUGUCGGUUAUGUGGAAGAGGGUGAGUAUAAGGAAGCCAUAAGGCUGUUUGUGAGGAUGCUUUGCUGUAUCAAUGUGAGUGAAGUUCCUCCAUGGAUAGUUGUGUGUAUGUUGAAGGCUUGUGUACAUAGUGCGAAUAAGGAUCUCGGUGAGCAAGUUCAUGGUUGGUUAUUGAAGCAGGGUAGUGGCGGUGAGAAUCCCCUACCUAGAUCGUUGAUCGAGUUCUAUGGGAAAUUCAAGUGCGGGGACUGUGCUAACAUUAUCUUUCAGCAAUUGUCUACCCACAAUUCCGCUAUCUGGACGGCCAAACUUGCGUAUGACUGCAGUGGACAUCAGUAUGAUAUGGUCUUUAGUAACUUCAGGGAAAUUGAGAGGGCAGGAAUUCGGAAGAGUACAUCCAUGUUUUUGAGUGUUCUCAAGGCAUGUGGCAGAGUUAAGGACGAUGGACAUUGUGGUCGGCAGGUUCAUGCUAAAGCCAUUAAGGUUGGAGUGGAGUCAGAUGCGUUCGUGCAGAGUGGGUUGGUUGACAUGUAUGGACAAUUGGGUUUAUUGAGAGAUGCAAGGACAGUUUUUGACAUGGUUAAGAACAAGAAGAGCCUUAUAUUUUGGAAUGCCAUGAUCAAGAAUUACAUAAAGCACGGGCUCUCAAUUGAAGCCAUUAAGCUUCUAUAUCAGAUGAAAGAAGCAGGGUUGACAUUGCGAGAAGAUCUCCUUGAUGAAGUGCGCAUUGCUUCCGGAAGUUAAAUUAUUAAAGGACCUUAAAGGAAAUCUUUUCCUCCUAGUAAAAAAUCGUGGGUUUCUCUAUGGGAAAUUUUGUGUCGAUAGCAUUACUUAUCACUAGUACUUUUCCAUCUUAAGGUGGUGUGCAGGACAGGUCAUGGAACCAAGAUAUGGGUUUAGCUUGUUGAUUCUGCUGUUCUUGUGGGUGGUACUACUCUGCUAGUGAUGAGACGCUCGAUGAAUCAUAGUAUAUUUAGACUCAACUAUGCGACAGAAGGAGAUUGCCUCUCUCUUAUCAAAUGGUUCAACGGACCUGCAAGUUUGUUGUCUUUUGGGUAAAAAUGAGCUGUAUUAAAGUUGGAGCUUUUGAGACCAGAUCUUUUUGCCCUUCUUCAGGAAACACUUUACUCUCUUCCCCAGUUAUAACUGUGGAGCUUGUUUGGUGGUUCUAGCAUAGAGCUGGAGUUUGCCAGGACGACAGUUCAGAAUUUACAAGGAUUAUUGGUCUCAAACUACAUGCUUGACCCUACGACUAGAAGAGGUUGAGUCAUCAAUCCUGGACUUGAGAUGUGAACCAAAAGAAAAAAAUUUAGAAAAUAAUAGCUAUAAACCUCUAUGAAAGUACCACAACAGAAUCCUCAAAUGUCCUUGACCUGAAACUAGAGAUUAUGCUUUUAAAUCUCAAAUCUUCAAGAUGCUAGUACCGUAAAGCAAUCAAACAAUCAACUAGAAUCAACUGACAUAUACUGGGAUCCAUCACGGUAAUGCCAUGAAGUUUGCUCAGAAUCCUAUGAACAUCACAAUCUGAAAGUGCAACCAAGUCAGCCUCAAAGUUCUGGAAGCUAUUCACCAACUCAAUCGAAGUACUUCUGGUAGCCCAUUGUAGAACUUGUCAAGCCAAAUAUGCUGAAAGAUGAGCAGUUACACAUACAAACAGAUGCCCUACCAUGGAUUGGGCUACAAACUACAAAGCAUCCCAGUCUUGGAAAUCUAUCUCAAAAUCCGUCUACAUAGAAUACUCAGUUCGAGGCUGACUCAAUUAUAACGUUCAGAUUUGCAUUCCAGAAUGGGAUUCUGGGUCGCAUAGCGCUAGCGUGGUUAAUUCUCGAUGAUUAGAAGGUAAUUCUUAUGGGAUUGUCUGAGCAACAUACUCAUGUGAUCUGACUUUGUUUAACAUAAUUUUUUGCAUCACAUGACAUUUGAAGGCAUUGUUAAUC